CAUCACAUUAAGAUCUGAACGUCAAUCAAUCAGUCAAGUCAACAUGAUUUCACAACUUUUUUACCGCAACAAUUGUAUUUUGAGUUGUUUCUGAAAUUUCCAUUUGGUGUAUAAUUUUCAAAUAUUUGUAAUUCGCAAUGGCUAUACCAGAUUAUAAGUUAAGUGCAAUUUUAAAUGGCCAUUCAAUGGAUGUACGGUGUGUGACCAUAACAAAAGAAAAUUGUAUAUUAUCUGCUUCUCGGGAUAGAACAGCAAAGUUGUGGCACCCCGAAGGAAUAAAGGAUUUCGUUAAUGUAGUCACCUAUAAAGGUCACAAGAACUUUGUAUCUUGUGUAUGUUGGAUUUCGCCUUGUGAAGCAUUCCACGAAGGUCUAGUGGUGACAGGAAGCAACGAUAACACGAUAUUAGGCUACAAUCUUCAGGAUGGAAUGAUUCAAUUCACUUUAGAAAGCCAUGAGAAUGCAGUUUGUAGUGUUGUUCCAGGAUUGAAUUCAGGAGUUCUACUAAGCUCUAGUUGGGAUAGUACGGCAAAAAUUUGGAACUUAAAUAAUCCUAAUGCAGUUCCCAUAACCCUGAAGGGUCACCAAGCAGCAGUAUGGGCAGUGGUGGAACUACAUAAUAGCACCUAUGCUACAGCAUCUGCGGAUAAAACAAUAAAACUUUGGAAUAAAGAGGCAGUGGAAAUCACUACUUUAACAGGACAUUCAGAUUGUGUGCGGGGUCUGGCAGUUGCAAAUCAAGAUACUUUCCUUAGUUGCUCUAAUGAUGCGUCUAUAAGACUUUGGACUAACAAAGGACAGUGUCUUAACACAUAUUAUGGACAUUCAAAUUAUAUAUAUAGCAUCAGUUUGAACUCGGCUCUUACAAGUGGUUUUGCAACAUGUGGUGAAGAUGGUAGUGUGAGAGUGUGGUCCGCCGGAGAUUGUGUUGGUGAAAUUCGACUGCCUGUACACUCUGUGUGGAGUGUCACUUGUCUCGAUAAUGGUGAUAUUGUUACUGGUUCAAGCGAUGGACUAGUACGAGUAUUUACAGCAGACGCAGCUAGAUAUGCAGAUGAAGCAACCCUCAAUGCAUUUGAAGAAGAUGUUGUCAAAAUGCAAGCAGCCUCUCAGCAGGAAAUUGGUGGAUACAAACUAUCUGAAUGCAAAGUACAAAAAUGAAAUUGAUUACCAGGUCCAGAAGUGCUAUUAGAGCCUGGGAAAUCAGAUGGACAGACCAAACUAGUGCGGCGUGGUACCAAUGUGAAAUGUUAUUCAUGGAGUGUCUCUGAGAACACAUGGAAUGAAAUAGGAGAUGUUAUGGGAGCAAAUCCCGCUAGCGAAGGCAAAACUAUGUAUCAAGGACAGGAGUAUGACUUUGUGUUCAGUGUGGACAUCAAGGACGGCGCGCCUGCUAUCAAGCUGCCAUACAACAAGACAGAGGAUCCGUGGGUCGCAGCACAAGCAUUUAUUCACAAACAUGAUCUCCCUCAAGUAUAUCUUGAACAAGUGGCAAAUUUUAUCAUCACAAACGCUAAACUAGAUGUGCUACCGACUCAAUCGAGCAAUGGAUUCGCAGAUCCGUUUACUGGUGAAUCCCGCUACGUACCAGGGUCAGGUGCGGGGGCGCGCACUGUAGGGACCUCAGGGGCGCCGGACCCUUUCACCGGGGGCGGCGCGUACACCACGCCAGCAGCAUCGGCCGCUGCAUUUACCUCCAAUGACAAGCCUCUCGUACCACACGACUCUUAUAUAAGAUUCGAUCAAGCCAAUUUAAAAGCAAUAUACGAAAAGCUAAAAGAAUUCAAUAGCAAAGUCGGUGACGGUCUAAACGCAAUGACAGAUCAACAAUUAGAAAAUGUCGUCAAACUAGGGGAAUUGAAUAGCACUUACAGUGCAGAAACAAUCACAAUAUUAAAGAAAAUGUUAGAAUGGCCAAAAGAAAUACUCUUCCCUGUAUUGGAUAUAACCAGAUUAGCUGUGCGUAAUAAAGAAAUAAAUGGACAAUUAUUUGAUACUACCUACGGGCCGACAUUUGUGAAAUACCUACUGACAUUAUUAGCACCUGACAACCUAGCACCUAAUCAGAUGUUGUGUAUGCGCGUGCUAGUAAACGCAUUUAGCGACUUGCCCGGUGAAAUGCUGGUGUUAGCGGCGCGGGAGAGUGUCCUACACUCGCUCAUAUGUCUCAACAAGCUCAAUAAUAACGCACAGAUCGCAGCGGCGUCGUUACUAGUGAACCUCUCUGUGGCAUUAGCGCAGCAGAUCGACAGCGUGGACAUAGCAGAGUGCUCACUACAGUUGCUUAGUAAAUUCACAGACAACGAAGCCUAUUUCAGAGGGCUAGUAGCCCUAGGUACACUGCUGGCCGAGUCACCUAAUAAGCUCCAGAUACAAACGAAAAUCGUGUCAAACACGCCAGUCCACAAUCGACUAAAGAAAGAUAGCACUCCAACCAAUGAUCCUAAUCUAAAGAAAAUAUCUACAUGCUCUCAACAAAUUCUGAGAUUAUUAUGAAUGAGAAUAAAGGCUGUUAAUUUGAUAAAUUAUUUUAUAAUUACUAUGUCUCUCGUAAUUGAGUAUAAUUAUAUGAAGAGU